AUGUGUGUAUACAGUGCUGAAGAACUACAAGUAAAUAAGGCGAACAACUUGGAAUAUGGUUUUAUUGCGAGCCGUGGUUGUGCCACUCUGUCUUACUAUAGGAUUGACGUGUUGGAAUGUCAAGAUGAACGGCUACAGUCGCAGGGGGAUACCGUUGCGGAGUUCAGUUCUUGGGGGAACUCCACGUGUCGCCAUCGCGCAGCCUGG